GGUGCGUUUCCAUUGGUCAGGGGGCGGUGUCUGUCUGGCCAGGAUGAGGGCGGGGCCUCCGCGGCGCUGAGCUUGCCCUUGUGUCUAGUGCGCGGUAGAGCUGCCGCUGCUGCUGCCGCCGCUGCUGCCUCAGCCGCCGCCGCCGCCGCCGCCGCCGCUGCUGCAGCCGGAGCAUCCGGGAGCCGCCGCCGCCGCCGCUAGAGCUGCUUCCACUGCUACCAUCUCCCCUCCCAGGACCCCGAGACACCCCGAGCGCGUGCGGCGGCUGCUGCUUGCAUGCACCCCCUCUCCCUCCGCCCCUCCCUGCCGUGACCUACCCACUCCUUGCAGCCCUCGUACGCACCUUUUCCGACACCCCGGCAUCCCUGCACCACCUGCUCGGGCAGCCCCGGCAGGAGCUCGGACUUGCUGUGCGCGCCGAGAGGAAGGCGAGCCCCGACCCCGUGCCUAGCAGACGGGCUGUCGCGGCUGCACACCAGCAGGAGGAGGACGAGAGGAAACUAUUUCGCCCACCGCAACCCCAUUCUGCGGGUCUGCGGGUGCUUCGCCGCUGCCGCUUCUGCUGCCGCCGAUCCGCGUCCGCGGGUUCGAAUACCGCAGCAGCGGGGACCGUGGGUCCGGCGGGCACCGCGAGGAGGACACCGGCGGAGCCCUGCACUCCGUUGCCCCGCUCACCAGCAGAUCCUUGCCCCCUGGUUCCUUCCCCGACCCUUUAGAGAAGGGACCAUGAUUUGGAAACGAAGCGCCGUUCUCCGCUUCUACAGCGUCUGCGGGCUCCUACUACAAGCUGCUGCUUCAAAAAAUAAAGUUAAAGGCAGCCAAGGGCAGUUUCCACUAACACAGAAUGUAACAGUUGUUGAAGGAGGAACUGCAAUUUUGACCUGCAGGGUUGAUCAAAAUGAUAACACCUCCCUCCAGUGGUCAAAUCCAGCUCAACAGACUCUGUACUUUGAUGACAAGAAAGCUUUAAGGGACAAUAGGAUUGAGCUGGUUCGGGCUUCUUGGCAUGAACUGAGUAUCAGCGUCAGUGAUGUGUCUCUCUCCGAUGAAGGACAGUACACCUGUUCUUUAUUUACAAUGCCUGUCAAGACUUCCAAGGCCUAUCUCACUGUUCUUGGUGUUCCUGAAAAGCCUCAAAUCAGCGGAUUUUCAUCACCAGUUAUGGAGGGAGACUUGAUGCAGCUGACUUGUAAAACAUCUGGUAGUAAACCCGCAGCUGAUAUAAGAUGGUUCAAAAAUGACAAAGAGAUUAAAGAUGUAAAAUAUUUAAAAGAAGAGGAUGCAAAUCGCAAGACUUUCACUGUCAGCAGCACACUGGAUUUCCGAGUGGACAGGAGCGACGACGGGGUGGCGGUUAUCUGCAGAGUCGACCAUGAAUCCCUCAAUGCCACUCCUCAGGUAGCGAUGCAGGUGCUAGAAAUACACUAUACACCAUCAGUUAAGAUUAUACCAUCCACUCCUUUUCCACAAGAAGGACAGCCUUUAAUUUUGACUUGUGAAUCCAAAGGAAAACCACUGCCAGAACCUGUUUUGUGGACAAAGGAUGGUGGAGAAUUACCAGAUCCUGAUCGGAUGGUUGUGAGUGGUAGAGAGCUAAAUAUUCUUUUCCUGAACAAAACGGAUAACGGUACAUAUCGAUGUGAAGCCACCAACACCAUUGGCCAAAGCAGUGCAGAGUAUGUUCUCAUUGUACAUGAUCCCAAUGCUCUGGCUGGCCAGACUGGUCCUGAUCAUGCUCUUAUAGGAGGAAUAGUGGCUGUAGUUGUAUUUGUCACGCUGUGUUCUAUAUUUCUGCUUGGUCGAUAUCUGGCAAGACAUAAAGGAACAUAUUUAACAAAUGAAGCUAAAGGAGCUGAAGAUGCACCAGAUGCUGACACAGCCAUUAUCAACGCUGAAGGCAGCCAAGUCAAUGCUGAAGAGAAAAAAGAGUAUUUCAUUUAAAAUGCAGGCCAAGAUUCUGAGUUUUACUUACCAGGCUGGCUGCUGGAGAAAACUGGCUAUCAUCUUUCAGAAUUCAUUUCUACCAUCUUCGCUACCUUUAAUAACUUCCAUACCGUACUGCUAUCCGUAGCCAGUGCAUACCAGCAAUCAGCUGUCGAAAGCAUCCUUCUUUAAUUACUGUACCAUCCAUAAUGCAGGACAUUUCUUACUGCCUAAAUUCCACACCAUUGCUCUUUUAACAUACAGUGCUUGAAUAUACAGCCUUAACAAUGUUAAUCAUCUCCUUGGGUCAUGAUAUUGAGUUGUUUUUAUACAUUGAAAAAUGUAUGCAGAGAUUUUUUUGUUUUGUUUUAACCCCUCAUUUUUCACCCUCUUUACAUCAUGGACUUAGUCAGUUUGCCAUUGGACAGCUUUCACAAGAAACAGGAUUAGAUGAAGAGCUAAUGUGCUUAAGUUUAAUGAGACAUUAGAGGUUUACAGAUAAUAUUUUCUACAUGUCUCUCUUCAAGGACAUGCUUAGAAACAUAUGCCCUAGGAAACCACAAACGGAAAACACUGUAGUAUAGCUCGGGACUGUUUGUGAUAUACUGGUAAAGCUGUAUCAAUUUGCUAUUUAAAAAUAUAGCAUUUGAUACAGGAGCCAUGUGUACGAAUUGUAAUCAUGUCAUGGUACCUUAUAUAAUUAUAUAGCUCCCACCAUUAGGUUAUUUUAGCUGUUUGCCAAUAAAUUGCUACAAACAUUUUACUGCUUUGGGAAUCACAAAGAUUUCAUUCAUUGCUCUGAUUUGAUUCUGUAAUUUAUUUGCUUCACAAGGACUCACCUUCCUAAACAAAAUUAAAAUAUCCAUAGGGCACAAUUUUGAAACAUUUUAGUAUCUGUAUAUAGUGCAUAUAAUAAAUCCAAUUAAACAUUAUUUGAUACAUAUUUAACUUUUUGGCUGUAGGUAAUUCAAUCAUAAGUAGGCAUUUUCUAAUGUCCAUUAUAUCCCUUUAGAUAUUACUUAAACCAAUAUUACAAGUAGAUAACACGUAUUAGUAUUUUGUCUGUAUGUCCUAGCACUGUUCAACAACCAAUUUUUCUAGUUCUUGUUAAUUUUUAUUUGUUAUACAAUGGAAGCACAAUGUUAUAAGGAAAGGUAAUUUUAAGCUAACAACCAGUGCACAGCCUCAGGUUUUAAAUUACAACCACAAUAGAAUAACCUAAAAAUAAACUCUUAGUUUGCUAAAAUUUUACAAAAUUUAAUUUGGCAGUUCCAGAGCUGCUUGCCUAUGUUGGUUUGCCAAAAAGAAGUGUUUAAGAUAUGUUUUCUGUAUAAAUGAACUAAUUCUUUAUAUUAAAUUCCUGUCUAUGCAUUUUGUGAGGUACAAACUUAUGAAACAAUGAGUGAUAGAGAAUUUCUGCCAUUCUUUUACCUCGAAGGUGAAAGUCUCUUUCUCUGGAUUAUUUCUGAAAUUUUGGUGUAUUUAACCAUUAAGAAAUGCUGUAUUCUUAAAUAUGACACAGAGUUAAUCUAAAGUCAUAUUAUUUCUUCAAGUAAAUAACAAUAUUGUUAGAUUAGUUCUCAUUACAUUUGUUAUAUGCUAAAGAUUAAACAUCCAGUUAGGUAAAAAUUAUUUUCCCAUUCACAAGCAUUGCACCUUUAAGAAGAAAACGAAAAUGACAAUAUGGAAGCUAUACUUGUGAUGUCAAAGCAUGAUGGCCUAUGGUUUUAAAAAUAUCUUGGAAUUUAUUUGGGGGAAAUGAGAAUAUUCAAGUACAACAUCAAGUGUUAAUAUCAAAUGAAAGACAAGGGUGCUGUAUCUUAGAUUAUUUAUCAGAAAAGUUUAAAUCCUUUAAAGAUGUUAGAAUUUUAAAUUGUUUUUUAUUGUUGAAGCAUUUAUCUUGUUGAUUUCUUACAAAAGAAAAAGGAUGAUGUCAAGCAGCACUUUUUCAGAAUAUACAGAACAUAAAUAAUAUGAUGUGGUUGAGUGUUAACAUAAUAAAUCAUAUACAGUAUGACAUUUUAAGGAAAUAAGUCUGCAUUGAUGUGAUUGCAUGCUUGUUUUUACAGUUCAAUUCAUACCAUCUGUGGAAAAAUGCAAUAAUAUGUUAAUAUAGUAUGGUAGUUUGAGAGAAUCAGGUAGGUGCUACUAGACACAUUGAAACUAGAAUAGGUUUAUAAACUGUUCAUAUCUUUCAAUGCAUAAUCUUUAGAAAGACUCCACAAAGCAAAAUUCAUCCUGUUAGUAAAAAUGGAAAGGUUCUUAUUACAGAAGUUGUAUAAACUGCAUCAUCAAUUACUAUUUAAAGCCUAAUUUCAGGAUGUACUUACAAAAUUGCUACUCUUCACUGAUGUAUUUACAUCUCUCUUCAUUUCAUCUAUAUUCUACUUUGCUCCAACUGCUAAAUUGUUUCCUAAAUAACUCAAUCAUUAUUUAUAACACUGUAAAAUUAGGGAUCCAAAAUUGGUUACAUUUCAAGAUUGUUGAUUAUUUAACCCUUUGGAGUAAUAUAAAAAAUCAUUAGAAGUCUUAAAAAGAAACUAACUAACUGGUAUAUUAUGAUUUGUGGGUUCUAAUAAAAUAUUUUGCCAGUUCAAUAGAUAGGUUUGGAUUAGGUAUUGUUUUUAGUUACUGGGGGAAAAAAUAGCAAUGGAAUUAUAUUUUCCCAAUUUUAAAAAGUAUUUUAUCUCCACCAAACAAAAAAAUAUAUAUAUAAACGCUGCUUAUUUCUAUAAAAUUCAAAAUAAAAUGAAAUAUCAUUUUUAAAUGGAACCAUGUUAAUUGCAUCAUCUGAAACAUGCACACUCAUCCCCACAGAGAGCCAAAUUCUGUCUCUGCCUAGUGAGCAUAGUAGCUACGGAACUCAGUGAGAGUGUGCACACACAGACACACACACACACACACACACCCCUAGUAGGAUAUGAAACAUUAAUUUUUACCAAAAGUAGCUAUUCUCUGCCAGUGUACUGUUUACAAUGUAAAAUGAUUGUCCCUCAUCAAAAAUUUGUAAGCGGUAUUUUUUUCUUUUUCCCAUUUUUGAGUGUCCUAAAUAGAACAAUUAUUCAAAUUAAGAAGAAAAAGAAAAGUUUGUGAGUCCGAGAGCAAAGACAGAGAGCAUGAGCAGAGUAUUGAGAGUGUGGGGGCGUGUGAGAGGAGAGAGACAUUGAUUGACUGAUUGAUGAUUGAUUGAUUUUCAACUUGUUUUCUUUUACCAGAGAAUUCAAGAAGCAGUUUAAGGAACCUGUUAUUGGCAUUUAAGCUAGAAACUGGAUGAUCUUACAUUGAUUCAAGAAGCUUAAUCUUGCAUUGAAACCCCACAAUUAAAAUAAAAAAAAUAGAGAAAGAAAACUAACUUUCCUAAAUAUGGCAAAGAAGCUAACACUUCAUUUAUUUUUAUUUUUUGUAAAAAUAUAUAAAUAUCUCCAUUAAAGGACAAGUUCAUGUGUAGUUACUUACUCAUGAUUGUGAUAGCAUUGAGAUUCCAUAUAGGCACAUGUACAGCAGCUGUGACACUGACGGUUCUUCCAUGUAAUAUAGCAGUUAUCGUGUAAUAUAGUGCCACUUAUUGCAAAGUGUUACCAAGGGGAACAUUUAAAACACUUUUCCUUUUUCUUUGGACUUGAAAGAUAAUUUAAAGAAUGAUAAAUAUGAAAUUUCACAUUAGGUUUUUAACUGUGGAGAAAAGAAAACUCCAUAUCUUACUGCAACUUCCAGGUCAUAUUACUAAUUACUCAGAGCCCUCUAUAAAUGCCCAUAUUAUCCCCCUUUCCAAGUGUAACCUGUGAUAAAUAUACAAAACAAAUUAACAAAAAUCUGGCAAUUACAGCUGAAAUAAAUGAAACACCUAAUAACAAUUACUGAGUAAUGCUUUUUUUAAGUGGCACAAAGUACACACUAAAAACUAUGCAAAAUAUAGGUAACUAGAGUGUACGUACAUGUAAGUAUCUUGUACUUGCUGUGUAUGGAUGUUUGAAACCCAUGUAAUUAUAAUAUGCAUUUUGAAUACUGGGAAAGAGGAAAUCUUAGUGUAGAUAAUAGAAUUUCUUUUGAAAUAUACACUGGCAAUAUCGAAAAUAUACUCAGUGCAAUAUCUGCAAUUCUAUUGCUGGAUACUUAAUGCAGAGGGACUUUAAGAAUUUUCCAGGAGGCCCAAAAAGUUGCUAAUCUUCACCUCCCACAUAUUAAAUCAUUAAUUUAAAAUACAACUGCCUCAAUGGAACAUUAAAUUUUUAUUUCUUAAUCAUUAAUGUGACACAAUAAAAUUAUUUGGCCUAGUUUUCAGCCUUAUUGGAGAGAGAAAAAAAUUUGAUUUACAUCUAAUUCAAUUUAGAAUUCUUCAACUUUCUUUGAAAUGUGUGUGUUUUAAUGAAUUGUGACACUCUUAUUAUAAGUACAAAUUUAUUUAAUUAAAUACACAGGUUACCUUUAAUAGGUAGUCACUACAUUUCAUUGGAAUUUUUUUAAUCUUUGUUUUUGAUUUAUUUUUUCCCUUUCUCUCCCUAUUCUACUCCAAACAUGCCCUUUGCACUUAUAUCCUUCCAAAGGCAAUGGAUUGAAAGUAAAAAGAUUAUAAACUGAUCUAAGGGGAACAAAAUAUAAGAAUGGGUUCUGAACUCAUCAGCAUUAUCCAUAUUGAAUGCAAUCAUUAUUGAAUAUGGCUGGUAAGUUCUCUGCGAUGUAUACCUAUGAUAACCCUUCUACCUCUCUCUUUUAACAUGGGCUAUGACACUUCAAUACAAAUAGAAGAAAUCAUGAUUUACAAGAUAUCCCAGGAAGCAUGUUUUGGGGGCUGUCAUAACAGUCUGCGCCCCACACUCUGGGAAUUCUCAGAAGCCAACUUGUUUUAGCGUACUCAAGGUUGUAUAGAUCUACAUUUGUUUUCCUUUUAUAUUAUUAACUUUUCCUGCAGGCAAAAUAUUGCAACUAUAGAAGGACAGAUCUCAUGCCUAUUUAAUAUUUCAAUGUAAUAUCAUUGUGUUGAUUUUUAAAAAAUAAUUUAAAUGGCAACACUUUGUAGUUCAAUCUAUUUAUUUAAUAUUUAAAAUGCAAUUUCUUAGUAAAUAAUACUGUGCUUUUAAGUAAAACUUUACAAAUAUAAUUUAUUUUUCCAAGCAGUGUUACCUAUGUAUGACAAAAAUUUAAGCAUUUAAGACUGCCUCCAUAUUAACAAAUAACCUCUAAAUAAUGAAUGCAAAGUAUUGCCACAAGUGUCCAUUUUAUUUUGUGUGCACAGACAUAUGAAAUUUUCAAAUUAUGCAAUUUAAUUAUUCUAAAAUAAAAUGACAUUUUAAAAGCAGAUCUUCCUCCAGAAAAAAAAAAAAAGGAUACAAUAAUAAAAAUCAAAUUAUGACCUUGAAUCUGUAAUAUAUGCUUGAAGUCUAAGAUGUUUCUAUGUUAUGUGGUUUUGUUAUAAAUACUAUUUGGUCCUAUCUUUAUAAUCUCUUCCAUAUAUGUGUAUAUAUAUGUAUAUAUGUCUAUAUAUACGUAUAUAUGCAUAUGUAUCCAUAUACUAAUAUAGGUAUAUGCUAGUUACAAGAAAUGUAUGGUUAUUUGGGAGAGAAUGGGCCCAAAUGUGAAAAAGGUGUAAAAAAACCCCACAACAAACCCACUAUUUCCCCUCUAUGAAAUAUGCUGUAUAUUUCAAAAGAAGACAAGUUAAAAGAUAUUUGAAGAUUGCAGGGGCAAAAGAAAAACCUACCAGGGCUCAGCACUUAAGCACUUUUCCUACAUCCAGGGUCAGAACAGCAGUGAUUCCUACACGGACUUUCAAGUGCGGUAUGAACGCCAGAGUACACUUCUCGUACACACAGUACUGUCAACCUCAGAUGUUUUCUUUCUUCAGAUGCUUUUCUUUGUACAUGAUACUAGUAGUCACUUUUCUCUUUAUAUUUGCUGAUAGUGAAAGUUAUAUGCAAUAAAAUAUUUGAUAAUUGAAAGCAGUGUUUACCAGUUGGUUAGAAAAAAACUAUGAAAUGUAAACUGAAUUAUCUCUAUAUCCUUUUUGCUUUUCUCUGUGUUUCUAAUGUACUGAAGGUCUCACAUAAGUAGAAACAUAAUUUAGACAUUUUUCAAAAGUAGUACUCUUCCUCCUUUUAAAUGUAUAAAAUUUUUAGCUCCUUACAAAUUUUCAACUGUAACUGUUGUACCUAUUGUAGAUUCAAUGAUGCGGUUAAGUAGUAACCCAAGGAUGUAUGAGUUUGGGAUUACUAACCCAUUUUCUUCAUAUUCAGUUCACAUCAAUAUUUGUGAAUUGGUUAUUUUGCUUUUCAUUCAACCAAAAAAUAUUCCCUCAAGAAAGCUCCAUUUUUAUCAUAAAUAUUUCAAUACAACAAAUAUUGAAACAAGUCUGCCAUGUUAAAAAUAAUUUAAAGACUUAUCUCUAAAAAUUGUAUUCAAUAAAUGCAGGUGUUCCCAGUGAUGUGGCUUCGAAAAUAAAGUGUUCUAUGUAUAUGAUAUGAAAUUCAUAACUUUUGGAAGGGUAUAUUUAUGGCAGCAUAAAAAUUAUGUGCUGUAAAGAAGAUCCAUAAAAAUCAAGCAUAUUGCACAGUUAUUGAAUCUACUGUUAUCAUUAACAUUUUCAAAAAACAAAAUGCAUAUUGUAAUAUUAGGUACAUGACACUUGCAUGUUGAUAUGCCUAUAUACUCACAAAGUAUUCAAUGUGUACUUAGUGGCACUUAAAAUAUGUCAUGUACAACCCUUAUAAACAUUCUUACAGGGUUUCCGUUUGCAAUUCAUCUAUCAGUAAAGCCUUGUCAGGAAAAAAAAAAUGCCCAAUAUAUAUGGAAAAUAAAAUUUGAAUUUUAGUUAUCUGUUGGACAUUACUGAAUUGUCUAUUCAUUUAGUUUAUUUUACUAGAGUUGAAAACAGACAUUGAAAGAUGGAACUUUCUUAUUUCCCACUGACAAGUUAUUAAAGAUUUACAAGACAUAUUCCUUUAUACCAAACACAUUAUUUUCUAUUUCUAGUUCAAAUUGCAUACAUCAUUCAUUUAUUUUUAGAUAUCCUCAAUGAUGCCCAUUUUUCUUUUAAGUUUCUAAGUGGAAGUUUUAAAAAUUAAGCAGUAGUAAAAUAAAUGUUAUCUUAUUUGUACAUUUAGUACUUACUCCUUGGAAUAUAUGAACCUUGUAAUAUGCUAAGGGUUAAAAAAUGUUGCUGACUUAGGGAAUUUUGCUUGAGAUUGCCAAAAUUUCAAAACUCUGUAAUUUUACAUUCACUUAUGUCUGUUUACUAAUGUUGACUAUGAACGGAAUCAAAAAUAUCUACAUCUAUUUCUUUUAUAAUUUUCACACUCUAACUAGCAUUAUAUAAUCCAACUACCUAAGAUAAUACAAUCAAUAAUAUAUUCAUCCUAAGUUUAUGCUAAUUAGAAUUUGAGAUAAGCUUUUAAAUUUAUGGAGGAUUUUCUUUGUGUCUUUGGAAGUUCACUUACCAUAAGGUAUUUUAUAGUCUACUUUAAAUAACAGAUUUUGUUAUACAGGGUAAGCCAAAGGCUGUACAAGAAUUAGUGUCAUUGGGUCUGAUAUUUGUGUUAGACCAUGAAAUAUUCCAUUAAAACUUAUCUGUAAA